AAAAUAUAGGUCAAGACCAGUUGGCAAUCUAAUGACACGGCGCUUUCAUGUUCAAACUUCAGCAGAAAAAAUCACCAUCUCUAUAAGACUGAAUCAUUCAUGAAUAUUUAUAUAAACUCUCUGGUUUGUGAUAUUAUAUGACAAUGUCAACACGACAUAAUAUAUAAAUAUUACAAUCAGUUAAAGUUUAGAUAACUCCAGUAUCCCUUGAGUUAUCUAUCUAGCUGGUUAUCUGUAACUCGUGAUUCCAGUCAGUUAAAGAAAUUGUACAACCUCGACUCAUUCUCGUUUUGCAUCAGUAGUGUAAAUCAACAUCCAAGUACUCAAAAAUUAUUGAAAUUUCAAGAUGCAGGCCUUACAAUGGAAUAGAGUUGAUAUGACUUUGAAGAAUGUUAGUGCUAAAAUCCCGGAGGUUACUGAUGACUAUGUCCUGGUGGAAGUUUCACAUGCUGGAGUAUGUGGAACCGAUCUACAUAUUAUGGCGAAGGAAUUCCGGUCCUCGGAUCUUGUAAUUCUUGGUCACGAGUUCUCUGGAACGGUUGUUAAAGUCGGAAAGAACGUAAAGAACGUGGCCGUUGGGCAACGAGUUGCCGUAGAGCCAAAUUCAAUUUGUGGAGGUUGCAGUUUCUGCAGACGUGGGAAACCAAAUUUUUGUAAGGACGGGUUGGCUCAAGCGCUUGGUGUCAUGAAUAAUGGCGGAUUUUCCAAUUUUUGUUUGGUGCCAGGUACCCAGGCGAUUCCAGUUCCGGAUUCUCUACCGCUUGAUAAAGCUGCUUUAUGUGAACCCUACUCUUGUGUUGUCCAUGGUUACGAGUUGCUAGGGAAGGUGGAGGAUGGCAGCAACAUUUUAAUCAUGGGUGCAGGAAUCAUUGGUCUACUUUGGGGGUCGAUGUUACACCACCGCGGUUUCAGGAACGUUACAAUGGUAGAAGUUGCAGAUGGCAGACGACAGCUUGCCAAGGAUGCAGGACUGGGAUUUGACGUCCUUCACCCAAGUGCCCUGGAAGAAAGUUUCAAGGGAAAAGAAGCCAGUGAAGACGGGUUUGAUAUCGUGGUGGAUUGUACUGGCAAUUCAAAAGCAAUUGAAAUGGCCUUCUAUAUGCUGAAAGGUGGCGGAAAACUGCUCAUAUUUGGUUGCGCGCCACCUACUGCCGAAAUUAAAGUUAAGCCUGCUCAGAUUCAGUUCAAAGAAUUAUCGAUAAUCGGCGUCCAGAUUAACCCGUAUUGCUUUACAAAAGCCGUAACUCUCGUCAGCGAUAUGGCAGACAAAUACCUAGACUUCAAAAGACUCGGAAUUGAAGUUUUCACUUUGAAUCAGUAUGAGACGGCCAUUUCCAAAUUAAAAGCCGGGCAGAUUUCCAAAGCGAUGUUCUGUGUGAAGAAGGAGUGAAUAAUGUGAAGAAGGAGUGAAUAAUGUGAAGAAGGAGUGAAUAAUGUGAAUUAUGAUUGACAAUAAUGGUGUUAUUAACGUAGUUGUUAUUAUGAUUCGUUCUUAGAUACAGUAGAAUCUGCAAUAAGCAGCCACCCAAGGGAAUUUUCACAACUGACCGCUUAACGGGAAUGGCCUCUUAAUAAAAUCUCGUUGCUUUUUGUGCCGACAUAAAUUAAAUAUUACGCUUGUAUUACAAAAUGGCGUCAAAUUCUAAAAUACAGUGGCGUGCAGAGAGAAAAGGGCGGAGAGUGAAAUGAAAAAUUAUCACCGUUUAGGUUGGCGGUGCGGAGAGUAAAAUAAGAAUGACGUUUUUUAAAAUUUGAAAUCAGCGUCUUUGUUAUAAUUCGUUCUUAAAUAUUACAAAAUGGCGUCUAAAUCUAAAAUACACAGAGAGUGAAAUAUACAAAUCUAAAAUACACGGAGAGUGAAAUAAUUAAAAUUACCUUUUUUGAGAUUUGAAAUUAUCGCCGUUAACUGUCUUCCUUUGUGAUAUUUCUCAAUAGUCAGUACCAGGAAAAUAAAAUCAAGGAGUUUAGCACCGCCCAUCACCAAACCUCUGCACGACACUGUAUAUACCUGACAAAUGCUUUUAUACUAUAUUAUUAUAUACCAUUUUUGUUAAAAGAUAAUCAAAUAUACUCUA